AUGGCUUCUUUUAAUACCUCAACCUCAUCCUUGAAGAGAUCAGAUUCAAUCACAGAUAGCAUGCCAGAUGCCUUGAAGCAAAGCCGAUUCCAUAUGAAGAGAUGCUUUGGCAGGUUUGUUGCAAAUGGGAAGAGGUUACUAAAACAGCAUCAUGUGAUGGAGGAUGUGGAGAAAUCAGUUGAAGACAAAGUUGAGAGGAAAAAGCUUUUAGAUGGCAUGUUGGGUUACAUCUUCAGUUGCACUCAGGAAGCGGCUGUUGUUCCACCAUAUGUUGCUUUUGCAGUGAGGCCUAAUCCUGGUUUCUGGGAAUAUAUUAAAGUGAAUGCUGAUGAUUUGCAAGUAGAAGGUAUUGACGCUGUAGAAUACUUGAAGUACAAGGAAAUGAUAUUUGAUGAGAAAUGGGCAAGUGAUGAAAACGUUUUGGAGUUAGACUUUGGAGCUAUUGAUUUUACCACCCCUCGCAUGGUUCUUUCUUCUUCUAUUGGAAAUGGACUAAACUUUACUACCAAGAUCUUGACCUCAAGAUUGAGUGAGAGCUCUCAAAGCGUAAAUCCUUUGCUGGAUUACUUAUUGAGCCUUAACUAUCAAGGAGAGAAUCUUAUGAUCAAGGACACUUUGAAUACCAUGCCAAAGCUUCAGCAAGCGCUGAAAGUGGCUGAAGCCUUUGUAUCUGCACUCCCCAAAGACACACCAUACCAGAAAUUUGAAGACAGGUUCAAGGAAUGGGGAUUUGAUAAAGGAUGGGGCAACACCGCAGGAAGGGUUAAAGAGACAAUGAAGUUACUUUCUGAGGUACUAGAAUCAGCAGAUCCUGUGAAAUUGGAAUCACUUUUCAGCAGGCUUCCAAAUAUGUUCAACAUAGUUAUCCUCUCUAUUCAUGGAUACUUUGGCCAAGCAGAUGUCCUAGGAUUGCCAGACACUGGAGGCCAGGUGGUAUAUAUUCUUGAUCAAGUGAGGGCCUUAGAGGAGGAGCUACUCCAUAAGAUUGAGCUGCAAGGCCUUGAUGUGAAGCCUCAGAUUCUUGUGGUAACUCGUCUUAUACCAGACGCCAAAGGGACCACAUGCAACCAAGAACUGGAACCUGUCACGCACACUAAGCACUCCAACAUUCUCAGGGUCCCUUUCUAUACGGAGAAGGGAAUGCUUCGUCAAUGGGUCUCCCGUUUUGAUAUCUACCCUUAUUUAGAAAGAUUUUCUCAGGAUGCUACUGCUAAGAUUCUUGACAUCAUGGAAGACAAGCCUGACCUCAUUAUUGGAAAUUACACUGAUGGAAAUUUGGUGUCAUCCUUAAUGGCUUCUAAACUUGGAGUGACUCAGGCAACCAUUGCUCAUGCUUUGGAGAAGACCAAAUAUGAGGACUCAGAUGCCAAAUGGAUGGCGUUUGAUGAAAAGUACCACUUCUCAUGUCAGUUCUCAGCUGACAUAAUCUCAAUGAAUGCAGCGGAUUUCAUUAUAACUAGCACAUACCAAGAGAUUGCUGGAAACAAGCAGAAGGCAGGACAAUAUGAAACACACACCGCAUUCACCAUGCCUGGACUUUUUCGCGCAGUCUCCGGCAUCAAUGUGUUUGAUCCAAAGUUCAACAUUGCUGCACCUGGGGCUGAUCAAUCUGUUUACUUCCCUUACACAGAGAAAGACCAGCGAUUGGCCUCAUUUCAUCCAGCCAUUCAAGAACUACUUUAUAGUAAUGAUGACAGUGAAGAACACAUAGGAUUUUUGGAAAACAAGAGGAAACCAAUCAUAUUCUCCAUGGCUAGGCUUGACAAAGUGAAGAACAUUAGUGGCCUAGUUGAGUGGUAUGCAAGAAACAGGAGGCUCAGAAGCUUGGUGAACCUUGUGAUUGUUGGAGGAUUCUUCAACCCAGCCAAAUCCAAAGACAGAGAAGAAACUGGGGAAAUCAAGAAGAUGCAUUUCUUGAUGAAGGAGUACAAUCUCAAGGGACAGUUCAGAUGGAUUGCAGCUCAAACUGAUCGCUACCGCAACGGUGAAUUGUACCGGUGCAUUGCAGAUACAAAGGGAGCUUUUGUUCAGCCAGCAUUGUAUGAGGCCUUUGGUCUAACAGUCAUUGAGGCAAUGAACUGUGGAUUACCAACUUUUGCAACAAAUCAAGGAGGACCAGCAGAAAUUAUUGUUGAUGGGGUCUCAGGCUUUCACAUUAAUCCUUCUAAUGGAGAUGAGUCAAGUGACAAGAUUGCUGACUUCUUUGAAAGGUGCACGACUGACUCUGAGCACUGGAACAAAAUGUCAAAAGGUGGUCUUCAGCGCAUCAAUGAAUGUUAUACAUGGAAGAUAUAUGCAAACAAGGUCUUGAACAUGGGAUCAAUUUAUGGCUUUUGGAGAAGGUUGAACAAGGAGCAAAAGUUGGCAAAGGAAAGAUACAUCCACAUGUUCUAUAAUCUUCAAUUCAGGAACUUGGUAAAAAAGGUACCUAUUCCUAGUGAGACACCCCAAGAUUCUACACAAAUAUCAAAGCCUUCUGCUCCAUCACCAUCCAGAAGACCAGCAGCAAAAGCCAGGCCUCAAAGAGUUGAUGGACAUGGCCUAGUUGGAGCUCCUCUAGGCCUAUUAACAGCAGCAGUACCACCAAAAGUUAAAGAUCAGCCAACUACAAAUGGUGAAGGUGUGAGGGAGGGAACAGGUAUUUAUGAGCAAAAUGGUGGUGGCAUCUUUGGAUUACGUUGGUUGAUCUCCAUAAUUGCUUUUGCAUGCGUCAUUCAUUACUUCUUGAAGAAUUUGGACCAUCUAUUGUUCAAAAGGGAGCAAUGA